UACGUGUUGCCGCCAAUUUUACUGUUGUUUCAUCAGAUUUCAUUUCAAUAGUUAUUUAAACAAAAAAGGUAUAACGUUGUCAGAAUCUAAAAAAAAAAUAAUUGUUGGAUUCCAAAAUGUCCCGAGAAAGAAACAUAAAUCAGCAGCUGAGUGAUUUGAGGCGAUAUAUAGCCCGUUUAGAAACGGAGAGUGCGAGAAAUGAAGCUCGAUGGAUACAACGGGAAAGAGAGUUGAUUGUAAGUCACAGUCGAGCUAUGGAUGCAUUGCGGCAACCUCAACAAGUUGUUCAGCCAGCUCGACUUGUCCCCCAACCAGUUGAACCAGUUGUUCAACCAGUUGAACCAAUCGUCCAACCUGCUGAACCAAUUCAACAACUUGCUGUACCAGUUCAAGAACCUGUUGAACCGGUAGUCCAACCUGCUGAACCAAUUGUCCAACCUGCUCAAGCAGCUGUCCAACCAGCUGGACCGAUUGUCCAGCCUGCUCAACUGUCCAACCAGCUGAACCUAUUGUCCGACCUGCUCAAGUAG